AUGGACACCGUGCAGAAGACCUCUCAGUACGAAUCUGACAUAACCAAGCUUCUAGAUAAAGCGGGUAUCCCCAAUUGUAUCUGGGGGGAGGGAAUCCUCCAGCUGAUGGGUGCAGGCGAACAAUUCAACAGAUUCAGCUGGGUAAUCCCCGAUGAAGAGAUCCACAAGGCAAGUAAGGCGCUCUCAGACGCGAAAUAUACGAGACAGAACCGCAGCAGGUCCCCUGGGGAGUCCAUGGGAGAUUGCGUCUACCUCUACCCGUCAGACCAUAUGAUAGAAGUACAUCUCUUUGCAAAGUCGCGACUGUGUUGGACUUUCCCCGAUCUUCCUCGCGAAGCCCCACAACCGGAUGAUGAGUUCUACAUCCUUACCAGUCAGGUACAACGGCUGGAAGAUAACGUACCAUGCGUGCGCGAUUAUCCAUCCAAGGAAAGCCAUCCGGUGAGGAUGCCGAGGCCCGAGAAGUUUCUGGAGGCAUUGGUGCUGUUAUGCUUUCGAGACCUCAUUCUACAAGAGUUCUUUGAUCCUUGGAAGAAACAACUGAGAAUGAUAGCUAAGCAUCUGUUCAAAGGAUUCCGGUGCUGUGGUCUGCAUCCGGUCUUUGCGGAUUAUCUGAUACGGUUCAGCAUACGGAUUGGGUCCGAGGAUCGUAAGAAUCAGAGCCUUCCUGAUCCAGAUCUGCAUUUGAUGUAUGUCUGUUUGACGAGACUGGGGCAACUUCCGCUUCCGGAAAAGGAUGUUCCUAGAGAUGCUUGGCCGGGAGAACAGGAUAUUCGAAAGAGGUUCAGGAAAGUGAAUAAGGCUCUUGAUGUGUGUUCUUAUGAUGGGCCCGCGCAAGGGACUGUGAUGUGGACCCACCAAGAGGUGGUAAUGACCCUUGAGAGUGAGAUGUGGAAGUGAUUCGGAGAUGGCAUCCGACGAAACCUCAGUGUGGAGCUUGUGGGGUUUAUGAUGAACAUGGCUAGGUUCUUUUUUCCUCCUACAGCGGUGGAGCAACGUCGGAAUGCACUCGUUUACCCAGAUAAGAAUUGCAAC